UUCAAAGUGGAAGCCUGGAUGGUAGCGUAUCCAAUGAACAAAGUCAGCUUCUGUUGUUUGUGGUGUUCUCUCACUCUUCUAAUUGUUCAGUCAUCCACAGGACAUGACUUCCAAUGUGCUAAUGGAUCCUCUGUUCCACCUAAGGAAGCAUGGAAUUUCACCAACCAGUGCGAAGACAGCAGUGAUGAAAAACAUUGUUCCUCCUAUGAAACAUGUGACUUUGAAACUGACCUUUGCAAUAUGAUGCAUGAUGGGCACUUACAGACUGGAUGGACUAGGAGAAAUGGCCUGAGCAACAUGGGAUCUCCACAUUCUGACCACAAUGGGAAUAAAACUGCCUAUUUCCUCUUAUUGUCCUCUGAAGUGGCCUCAUCUCCUGCAACUUUAAGGAGCAGAGUUUUCCUCCCUACUGAUAGCAAACACGUUUGCCAGAUUGCAUUUUACUAUUGGAUUGGUCAAAUGAGGGGAAUAUUGAUGGUGGGACUCCAAACACAUUCUAAUGGUACUUUUAAAAACAUCUGGCAAGAAGCAGGAGGGCUACAAAACCAAUGGAGAACAAAUGUGAUCACAAUCAAUAGCACUGAAAAAUUUGAGGUUGUCAUUCAAGGGACACUUGAGGCUCGGGGACCAGAUGACACCAUUGCUAUUGAUGAUAUUUCUUUCAGUGGAGGAUGUUUUCCAGCAUUUGAGCAGCACGUUUGCAGUUUCGAGCUUGACAUGUGUCACUGGAAUUCAGAUUCAUCAUUUGAACAUGUUUCCUGGGUGCGCACAAAAGCAGGAAAUAAUCUUGCCUCAAAAUCAGCCCCCCUGAAAGAUCAAAGCAACGAUACUGGAGGCCAUUAUGUGUGUAUGAGAGCUAAUGACAACACAUUAUACAAAAGUGCUUAUCUUAACAGCUCCAUGUAUCACUGCUUUGGCAAGAAUUGCCAUUUUCAAUUUUAUUACUCCAUGGCAGAUAGCAGUGUUCUCAAAGUGGUACUGUAUACUAAUAAGGACGAGCAAGUACUGUGGGAAACCAACACAUCAACUAACAAUGAGUGGGUCAGAGCAGAUGUGCAGGUGCCAGCAAGUCUGAAAAAAUUAAAGCUUGUGUUUGAAGGAACUAUUCAGAGCAGGACAGGGUUUAUCUGUCUGGAUAACCUCCAGUUCUCAGACUGGGCAACAGAAUCACCAGAGCUCUGCUCCCCAGAGGAGUUCACCUGUGCCAAUGGCCAGGGUGUUGCCAGUGGAUCAGCCUGUGAUUACCAGCUGGACUGUUCUGAUGGAAGUGAUGAAGAUCCAACAGCUUGUUCAAAUUAUACUACGUGUAACUUUGAGACUGAUUUUUGUGGCUGGAAGCCAUUAAACACAGAAGAUGCUAAGUGGAAUAUAGUAAAAGGAGAGACUUCCAAUGACACAAAACUUCCUAACCGAGACCAUACAACCAACAGUGAACACGGAUCAUUCAUUUAUUUUGGAGGAUCACUGCAGGCAAACACGAAACCUGUCAUGUCCCACCUCAGGAGUCCUAUCCUUACUAAGCUGUCCUUUGACUCUGCCCAUUGUCAGAUAAUAUUUUGGUAUCAGUUAUCUCAGGAUUCCCAGCUCUCUGUCUUUAAGAGAACCGUCCUUAGUGAGGAUUUGCAAAAUCUAGGUGACAUGACCGGUUUGUCCAAGAGGCAGUGGACUAAAGCAAAUAUUCUUAUAGAAAGCAAACCUGAGGAAAUGUCAUCACCUUUCCAGAUCAUUUUACAAGCCACUGUUCUAUCAGAGAAUGACACUGUUGCUAUAGAUGACAUCAGUAUAACAAUGGAAUGUGGUAUUGCAUAUAAAUCACUUUCAGAUACCAGCCAAGAAAGCAAAGCUGCUAAAUGUGACUUUGAAACAGACAGCUGUGGCUGGUUUGAGACUGUUAGUGCAGAUGGAUUUGACUGGGUAAGAAGCUCCAGAAGUGCACUUCCAUCUGCUUUUCAGAAACAAGCCCCACCAGAGGAUCAUACCUAUAACAACUCCGAAGGUCAUUUUAUGUUUGUUCUGAGAAACAGCAGCCGCCUUUCACAGGUUGCUCAAAUACGAAGCCCCAAGUUCAACCAGGCUGGAUCAGGUUGCACAGUGUCCUUCUGGUAUUACAAUUAUGGACAGUCAGUUGGAGCAGCAGAGAUGCAAUUACAUGUUGAUGGACUGAAAAACGCUACUGUCCUCUGGAGGAUAUACUAUAAUCAAGGAGAGCAGUGGUUAAAGGCUUUCAUUCAGCUCGGCCGCCUCCCACGGCCCUUCCAAUUAUCACUGUAUAAAGUCAGCCUUGGAUUUUAUGAUAGUGUCUCAGCAAUUGAUGAUAUACAUUUCGAGAACUGUGCUCUUCCACCUCCAGCAGUAAGCUGUGAAGGUCCUGAUCGUUUCUGGUGCCGAGACACAAAGGCUUGCAUCGACAGUUUAUUGGUUUGUGAUCUCGUGGAUAAUUGUGGGGAUGGAUCUGAUGAGGAAAAUUGCAAACCUGAGCUACAGUGUAACUUUGAAAAUGGGCCGUGCAACUGGAACCAAGACAUGGAUGAUGACUUUGACUGGACCAGAAACCAGGGCCCAACUUCCACAUUUAACACAGGACCAAUAAAGGAUCAUACUUUGGGCACAGUCCAGGGGCAUUAUCUCUACAUAGAAUCCUCAGAACCGCAAGUGUUCCAAAAUAGAGCAGUUUUGCUGAGUCCGAUCUUUAAUGGCACUUCCACUCAUGGCAAUAAAAGCUGCAUUUUCCGCUUUCAUUAUCAUAUGUUUGGAAAACACAUUUAUAGGCUGUCUGUCUUCUGGAGAAUUUUGAGCAACUCAAAGGGUCAUCUGCUGUGGCAGAAGUUUGGAAAUCAAGGCAACAGAUGGAUAAGGCAAACACUCAACAUUACAAGUGCUAAGCCUUUUCAGAUCUUGGUGGAAGGUACUGUGGGAGACGGUUUCUGUGGAGACAUUGGAAUUGAUGACUUGUCCUUUACAGACUGUACCCUUUACAAUGGAAAUUUGCCAAGUAUAUCAUCAACACCUUCAGGAACUUCAGUUCCUGCAACACUCCCUAUGAACAAUUGCACAGAGAAGGAAUUUGUCUGUAGAGAAACGGGCCACUGCAUCCAGAUGAUCCAGAGAUGUGAUUUCAGACCUGACUGCUCUGAUAAGUCUGAUGAGUCCUCUUGUGCUGUGGAAGUUUGUGAUUUUGAAGAUGAAAACCUAUGUGAAUGGUAUCAACCAGUAACAGAAGUGACAGCAGCAACUGUUUCAGUCCAUUCCACUAAUGCAUUCCAGUGGGGCCUUGGAAAUGGAGCAACCAUACAUCCUGGGGAAGAAAACCACAGGCCAUCAACUGAUCACACAAUGGUUACUAAAGAAGGCUGGUAUCUGUAUGCAGACAGUUCAAAUGGAGAAUUUGGUCAUACUGCUGACAUUGCCACUCCAGUCAUUUCGCUCACUGGACCCAAAUGCAAACUGGUAUUUUGGAACCAUAUGAAUGGUGCAACAGUGGGUUCUCUGCAGUUACUCAGUAAAAUUGGUGAUGUAACUUCUGUCCUGUGGGUUCAAAGUGGCUCCCAAGGCGCUCAGUGGAACAGAGCAGAAGUGUUCUUAGGAAUUCGCUCUGAUUUUCAGAUUAUUUUCAGGGCAAAACGUGGUGUCAGUUAUGUGGGAGAUGUGGCAGUGGAUGAUAUUUCCUUUGAAGAUUGUUCCCCUUUGCUGAUCCAAGACAGACCCUGCACUUCUGAAGAAUUCACAUGUGCCAAUAAGUAUUGCAUCCCAAAGGAUAAUCUGUGUGAUUUUGUGAAUGACUGCGCUGAUAACUCAGAUGAGAGCCCUAACAUUUGCAGUACAUCCAUGGGGCGCUGUGAUUUUGAAUUUGAUCUUUGUGCCUGGGAGCAGGAUCAGAAUGAUGACUUUGAUUGGAAUCUCAGAACUGGCAGCAUCCUGAAAUCUGGCCCUGGACCAGCUGCUGAUCAUACCUUGCAAGGGCCAUCUGGUCAUUACAUCUUCAUAAAAAGCUCGUUCCCUCAGUUGCCAGAGCAGAAGGCCAGGAUUUUCAGUCCAAAGCUAAGCAGAAGAAGCAAAAACUGCAAGAUAUUAUUUUAUUACCAUAUGUAUGGAGUGAACAUCGGAUCAUUAACCAUCUAUCAGGUGACAGCAUCAAACCAAGAAAAAGUCCUACUCCACCUAACUGGAAACCAGGGAAACUUCUGGCAGAGAAAACUGUUGCUUCUGGAUGCAGAUGAGGACUUUCAGAUCACCUUUGAAGGGCAAGUUGGGAAAGGAUACAGGGGCAACAUAGCACUUGAUGACAUCACAUUCACCAAGGAAUGUUUGCCAUCACCUGACUUAUCAGCAGAACCCACAGCACUACCUUCAACAGGCUCCUGCUCAGAUGGCUGUUGGGAAUGUCAGAACGGCAAGUGUUACAGACCAGAACAAAGCUGCGAUUUUGUAGAUGACUGUGGGGAUAAUACUGAUGAGAAUGAAUGCGGUACUUCCUGCACAUUUGAGAAAGGCAGAUGUGGCUGGCAAAAUUCCCUAGCUGACAACUUUGACUGGGUUCUGGGAGUCGGCUCGCCUCAAAGUCUCAGACCUCCCAGGGACCACACACUUGGAAAUGGAAUUGGAGCAUUCCUAUAUCUUGAAGCUACACCAAUAGGCCUAAGAGGUGAAAAAGCCCAUGUGAAGAGCUCCAGGUGGAAAGAGUCGGGCACAGCUUGUAUGAUGAGUUUUUGGUACUACGAGUCCUCAAAAGCCACAGGACACAUUCAGGUUCUCAUAAAGACUGAUAACGGCCUUUCAAAAGUGUGGAGUAAGUCUGGGAACCCUGGUGAUGAAUGGAGGAAAGCAGAAUUGCACUUGGGGAAGUUGAGGAAUUUUGAAGUCAUAUUUGAAGGCAUUCGUGCCAAAGACCUAGGUGGAGGAGCAGCAAUAGAUGAUAUCGAGUUCAAGAAUUGCACCACAAUUGGAGAGAGUCCUCGGGAAUGCCCAGCAGUCACUGAUUUUAUAUGUUGGAAUAAGAACUGCAUUGAGUCUCACCUUGUUUGUGACUACAAACCAGACUGCAAGGACCUAUCAGAUGAAGCUGAUUGCAGCCAAUAUACCAGUAUCCCUGGAAGCUGUAAUUUUGAAACAGGAGACCAAGAUUGGACUAUUGCAUGUGGAUUAAAACAAGAUUCUAUCAAUGAUUUUGACUGGAGUAUUGGCAACAGGGUUGUCACAGGGCAAAGUGGUCCUGAUGGUGACCACACACCAGGUAAUGGACAACAAUUUUUGUAUGUCAACUCAUCUGCCCAGCAGGAAGGAAAUAGAGCAAGGAUAAUUACCACAAAACUCUUCCCAGCAAGCCUCGGAGUGUGUAGAGUCCGGUUCUGGUUCUGGCUGUGUGAUUCCAGGCAAACAGGAACUUUAAAGGUAUACACUGUUGAAGAACAUGGAAUGCAUAUUUUGAUGUGGUCUUCAAGUGGAAAUAAAGGAAGCAGGUGGACGUAUGCAAAUGUGGUUCUCUCUAGCAACAGUCCUUUCAGAGUCACAUUUGAAGCUGAAGUGGGAGGGAAUGAGCUCACAGAAGUUGCUCUUGAUGAUAUUUCUUUCACCCUGGAAUGUAUGGAUGCAGGAACAGCCAAACCACAACCUCCAACGUGCAGCGCUGACCAGUUCACUUGUGUGUAUAUACAGCAGUGUCUAUCUCUUGCUGUAAAAUGUAAUGGGGUAGAGGAUUGUAUGGAUGGAACUGAUGAAAUUAAUUGUCCUACUGAGAUUCCUACCACUGCUUCUCCAUGGCUUUGCAAGGAAACAGAGUUCCUGUGUGCUAAUAAAGGUUGUAUCCCAUCACUCUUGAGAUGUGACGGUGUGCCUGACUGCCAGUUUAAUGAAGAUGAAACUGACUGUCCCACAAAGGACUGCUUCAAUGGUUCUGUGUUGUGUGCAUCAACUAAUACAUGUAUUCCAGUCUCCAAGCGCUGUGAUGGUAUUGCAGACUGCUUUGAUUUCAGUCUUGAUGAAUCCAGCUGUUCAGGUUGUCCAGAAGGAUAUUGCAAAAAUGGAGGAACUUGUAUCAUCAAAGACGCUGUUCCUUUCUGCCAAUGUGGAAAAGAAUGGCAAGGAAAUCGUUGCCACAUCAAGGUUAAUCCUCCCCCAACUUCAGUUUCCAUUCUCCUUCAAAAUGAUAUUUGGACUGGCUUGGGUAUUGUAUUAGCUUUCCUACUGAUCAAAAUCACAGUCGCUGUGUUGUAUUUCCUUUGGAAGAAGAAAGUGCCAAGAACGAACCUGGAGGAAAUCCAUAGUACUGCAUUUGCUAACCCAUUGUACGAGGAUCAUAGCUCACCUGGAGAAGUAAAGUCUCCUGAGUGUAUUGCCUCACCCGUUGUUCAAAUUAGUGUUUCCCCAUGUCAAACACAGCAGGAGCAUGCUUCCAGUAAAGAUACAAGUGCCCCUUCCUUUGCCAAUCCUCUUUAUGGCAAAGCAACAGAAAACAUGGAGAACUUGUGCAAUUUCUUCAAAGUAGACAUACAAUAGAAUUGAUACUGUGUGUAAUUUUUUUCUUUGUCUGACUAUUUUGUUUCUAAAAUCUAGUGGAAAGUAUAUGAUUAGGAUACUGCAUUAGUAAUUUGAAUGAAUGUGAAAUAAUUCCUCAAUUAAAAUAAUUAUGUUCUAAAUAUAGCACUACUGUGAAAAUAGCAUCUAUGCAUAUGUGAAAGUUUAAACCUAUGUGAUAUUUCUCUUGGUAC